GGCUGAGUAGCUGGGCGGAUGUUAUGGACUGCGAUUCACUGAGUUGCACAUUUCCUUGCAGAGCUUCUCCAGAAGAAUACACUGAUUUUACUAUUGACAAACAGCAUGAAAGACCGAUUGCUACUUGAUGCAGAAGACAGCCACUGAGUGUGUUGAAAGAGCCCAUCAUCAUUUUCAACUAUGGCCGCUGUUCUUCAUGUGUGUGUGACGACCUGUCUGCUCUCGGUGGUCCUCUGCCAGUCCAUUUAUUCCUCACCAAAGAAAGGACGCAACAUCACUAUCCACUCGUCUAAUCUGGUUUGCAGCCUUCCGGGCCCGGUGGGGCCUGCGGGGAAUCCAGGAGCCCCUGGGUCACCUGGGGCAAUGGGGCCAAUAGGAGCGCCUGGGAAGGAUGGUCCAGAUGGGCAGGAUGGAGAGAAAGGAGAAAAAGGAGAUGAAGGUGAUCAUGGCAGAGCUGGCCAUCCAGGCAAGCCGGGUUUAAAAGGCCGUGCGGGCUUCAUUGGCAAGGCCGGACCUCGGGGACUAAAGGGCCAAAAGGGGUCACCGGGGCCGGCUGGAAAAAGGGGGCAAAAAGGAGACGAGGGGGACACCGGUCAGAGAGGAGAAGCGGGAGGCUGCGAUUGCGGCGCCGCCGCCCGAUCCGCUUUCUCGGUGGCCGUGUCAAAGAGUUACCCCAAAGAACGCACGCCCAUUCGCUUCGGCCGCAUCUUGCUCAAUGAGGGCAACCACUACAACGUGAGCAGUGGCAAGUUUGUCUGCGCCAUCCCCGGAGUCUAUUACUUUGCCUAUGACAUCACUGUGGCCAAUAAGCACCUCGCUAUUGGACUGGUGCACAACGGACAGUACAAGAUUAAGACGUUUGAUGCAAAUACAGGGAAUCACGAUGUGGCGUCCGGUUCCACUGUUCUCCGCCUCCAGCAAUUAGACCAGGUCUGGUUGCAGAUCUUUUACUCGGAGCAGAAUGGACUCUUCUUUGAUCCCUUCUGGACUGACAGCACCUUCACAGGUUUUCUUAUCUACGCUGAUCAGGCUGUUACAAAAGUUAAUUUACAGGGUGACGCUUGAUAUUUUUUUGAUAGUCUGAUAGUUUCUCAAUCUUUUUUUUAAUUUUUUAUAUCUCCCUGUAAGGCAACACUUUUUUUUAGGAAAAAAAUAUAUUUUGUGUGCCCUCACUUGUCUAAGUCAUUUUAAUAAUAACAAUGAAGCAGAUAAAAUUGCUCCAAUACUAAAAAUAUUAGCUUUGAUGGCCCCUUCCUGAUAAAUCUAAAUAAGUCUACCUCCUCUUGUACUUUUAUAAUGGAUUGUUUUCAAUGUGUUUGAUGAAGAUGAUAUUAGGAUUUCUGCCUUAGGUUUCCCAGUUUAGUUUGUGGCCUUUAUGUGGGGGAAAAAGGUGUGAACGUCCCUGGUUAAAUGAUCAAAUACUGACACUAGAUGGCGCUACAAACAAACACUAAACAACUGAAUAAAAGUGAAGUAGCCUUUGGAAUGGUUUGAAUGCGCUUCAGCAUAUUACAAAUUGCAAAGCCAACAUUUUUAAGUUUUGUUCUUAUUCCAUCAAUUUUUUGCAUAAGAUUUCAGCGAUCCAAACCAUUCCAACUUGAAAAAAAAAAAACCUCUUUCAGCACACAUCAAACUAUUCACAUUCCCCAAAGUUCCACAUCAUCCAUGAUAAAAUUUCACAUGAAUGCAAACACACUGAACCUGUCCCCGGUACUUGCAGCUCCGAUAUUUUCACAAUAAAACUUUUGUAAAUUUUAAGGUUUA